AGGUUAUCCACAACGGCUACAAAGACAGCUGUGUCAGUGAGUCUAAAACCCUAAAACCCAGAACCUAAAAAAGUUCAUAUUUUUACACCAUAAAUCCGAAACCCAGAAUCGGACUUCUCAGAGAGAAUUUUCAAACCACCGCUGUAUAGAGAAGACUGGGGAUAUGUUUUCUACAGAUGGCUUUGUUGUUGGCAAAUCCAGUUUCCACCAUUUUCAGACAUCAUUCAUAGGUUCAUUCCCAGCGGGAAUAUUGCAAGUCAGACUUGGGGUGAAUGGUACACAGAGGAGGGUUCCAUUAUUUCCUUGUAUAAAGUGUGAGAAGAAGGAUGGCUUCUUUGAACAAAUAUCUGUGGAGCGGCCCCCAUAUGACAGUUAUUUCGAUUCAACCUCUGGGCAGCUUGAACCAGCUUCUGGUGCUCGUGCAAGUAUUCCAUCAGAAGAGUACUGGCCAGAAGGCACAGCUGGCCGAGUGAGGGCUGCCAGGGCUCCUGAGCCAACUGGUAAGUCAGCUGGAGCUCCAUCUUUUGGAAAAAGACCUGGAAGUAGGAGGAAGAAGCACAAAACAUCAGUUGCUGCUCCUGAGUCCUCUGAAAUAAGUGUAGAUUUAAGUGAGCAAGUGGCACCUGAGAAUCCAGAUGACAUGAUGGAAGACCCUAAAGACGUCUCUUCUGAAUAUGUUGUUUAUGAAACAAAGCCUGAUGAAGAAGAGACUCGUGAAUAUGACUUGGACAAGAAACUCGGACGUCCUCAUCCCUUUAUUGAUCCUGAAGCUAAGAAGCCACUUGGGGAGCCACUUACAAGUGAAGAACUAUGGUGGAACUGGAGAAAGCCAGACAAGGAACAGUGGUCUAGAUGGCAGAGGAGGCGACCUGAUGUUGAAACGGUUUUUCUCAAAGCCAUGGCAGAGACUGGACAGGUAAAGCUUUAUGGUGAACAUCCUACAUUAACUGAGACUUCUCUUUACCGAGCUAGACGCCAUCUUUUUAAAGACGAAAGGCUACAGGCUGAACAGGAGAGACUGGAAAAAAUAGGCCCAAUGGCAUAUUAUUCAGAAUGGGUUGAAGCAUGGAAGAGAGACACCUCACGUGAAGCUGUUCAGAAGCAUUUUGAGGAGACUGGUGAAGAUGAGAACACCCAACUCAUUGAAAUGUUCCAGCAUCAAACAGAUCGAGAAUAUCGCAUAAUGAUGGGCACUGAUAUCCGUAUUCAAAGGGAUCCUUUAGCUAUGCGCAUGCGAGAAGACCAAAUAAAGCAAAUAUGGGGCGGAGAUCCAGUUUACCCAACUGUGAACUACAUUCAAGAUCCAGAUGAAGUGAUUGAUUACAGGGGUCCUGAUUUUCACGAACCAACUCCCAAUAUGUUGGCUUUUCUGAAGGAGCAUGGAAAAAUCAUAUCAAGGGAGGAGCUUGAAAAAAUCCUGGCCAAAGAGAAGACUGAAGAACUGGAGAUAGCAGAUAUGGAUGAAGCUAUGGCACGAGCUGUUGACAUUGGUGAAAAUGAUGAUGAAGGAGAGGAUACUGAGGUCGAGGGUGAUGAUGAAGAGGAGAAAAUUACGCGCAAUUGGAGUGUUCUAAAAAGUACUCCACAGCUUCGCAAGUCAAAGGACAAACCUAAGAAGGAAGGCCCAAUGUCUGUGGAAGAGGCUGUGGAUGAUUCUGAGAACUUGACUGAUUUUCUUUUGGACUUCGAAGAAGAUGAGUAAUACUCAGGGCGGUUUCUAGAAGGUCGGAGAAAAUAGUUAUUGCUAAUGGACAUAUUACUAGAGUAGUCUAUGUAGGUUGAGAGAUGAAAGGUUGGGAUUGCAAAUUUUCCUUGAUUUGUAGUACUUGAAAACUAAAAUAGUAGAAAAUAUUAUUUAAUUAGUCAUUGCUUAUUCGAACUAAUCUCUUAUUAAUGACACCAAAACAGUUGGCCCUCUUGCCUUAA